UUAAUCGGGGCCUGGCAUGUGGAAAUAGUUAAUAAAAGUUGAUUUGAUAAAUAAUUGAGGACCAACCUGGAGUUUAAAAAAUUAAACCACAAAAAAUGGAAGACCAAAAAGCCCAAAGUAUAUAAUCAAAAUGUCAUGCAUACAGAUCAAGAUAAGUCCUCUGGGAUAAGUUAGAGAAUUUAGAAGUGGGUGUUCCCUGGAUCCCAGGUGCCCCAAGCUUGAACUUAAUAGGUAAGAUUUAUGGAGCAAUUGCGGUAAGCUUUCCUAUUUAGUGUUUACACAUACGUUGUCAUUUAAUCCUCGCAAAGUACCUAUUAUUAUCCUCCAUUUACAGCGGAAGGAACUCAAGCCCAGAGUUAACUUAGGACCCACACCAUUGCUCAGUGGGAGAGCUGGUUUUCACCCCAGCCUCCCUUCCCAAUACCCAGGCUGCCUCUUACUACAACCUGGCCCUACAGAAAGGAAAAUAGAGAGGUGUCAUUGCCACCAAGUUCCCCAUACCCUCUUAAUCUGGUUUCUCAUCCUUGAGAUGACGCCCUCUGGGGCAAGGGGCAAAGGGCAAAGGGGAGGGGGCCUUAGAUUAAUUAUUAACCUUUGCCCUCAGUGCACCAGGACUACUCUUCCUUCUCGGAGGCGGAGGGACAAAGGCUGGGUAGGAGCACGUGACGGGGUGGUGGUCCCAGGCAGCUAUGGGGGUCGCGCUGCCUCCACAGGUCUCUCGGCGCUGGUUCCGCCAUACAAUUCCUCUUGCCAUCUUCGCGCUGCUACUUUUUUAUCUCUGUGCUUGGAGCCUACGUGCCUUCUCAGGCUGCCGAUUCCGGACACUGUCCUGCAUUGCCGAGGGACCGCCGCCUUUACAGGUGCGGCAAGAGUCGGGAUCCCUGGAGACCCCGGAGCGAGAAGAGCCUCCGUGUCUGGGCCCCCAGGGGACGCUGGGCCGCAUGGUGAGGCCGUUCCGCGUUAGUCUGAACCCCGAAGGGGAUGUGGAGUUGUCGCAGUACCUGGCGGGAUGGAGGGAGUUAAUCAAGUUCCUAACUCCCUUCGGCUCCAUCUUCGCCUUCGCCACAAGCGAGGCCUUCACGAAAGUAACAGCCCUCGAGGCUCGGGUGCACGGCCCAGAAGCCGCGCACUAUACGUCGCUGGCGGUCAUGGUGGCCUGGGAGCGGCGGGCGGGACUGCUGGAGCGGCCUGGGGUCAGCCCUGGAGACUCGGCCCGCUCCUCCGGUUCACGAACGACUCUCUUGCUGCACCGUGCGCUACGCUGGUCCCAGCUCUGCCUCCACCGGGUGGCGACCGGCACGCUCGGAGGCCCGGGUGCCGGAGAGCAGUGCAGCGACGCCUACAACACAGUCCUGGCCCCGCACCACCCCUGGCUGGUCCGUCAGGCUGUCCGCCUCGCAUUCCUCUCCUUCCCAGGUCGCGGCCACCUGCUGGAGCUGGCUUGUCCCGGAACCAGAGAGGCGGCGGCGCGGGCUGCCGUGGUCCGCGCCGCCAGCACCCUGGAGGACGUCUACAACCGGACCCAGUGCUUGCUGGCCGAGGCCGGCCUGCUCCAGCUUGCGUAAGGCCAGCAGCUGCCGCGACCCGCUAGGAAGGGAGCUCCCGGGGGCGGGGUCAGCGCCGAACAGCCUCCCGGUCUACACUUUGCCGCGUGCUUCCAGGGCCAGGGGGGCGGGCACCUGACAGCCCGCCUCUUUGGUGACGUCACUGGCUUAAACGCGCUCCGCCGGGCGGGGGAUUAGCUCCUCCCUCUAUCCGAAGUCCUCAGAAGAACGAAGGAGCUGUGGGGAAUAAAAAGAAUACUUUGGUGUCCGUGGAUUAAGGGCGUUUUCUGUGAUUCCAGCAGGCGCUUAAGGACAUAGAAAUAAAUGGUUGCGUGGGACAAUGUGUCAUCCCUGUUCCCGGCAACCGAGAGACACACUCCCCUUGGCUAUCUCAGCCACUUCUAUGGCUUCCUUGCCAACCACACGCCAAGUCUCCAGCCCAGGCCUGUGUCCUAAGCUCCAGCCCCAUAAAGCCACAUAUAUCCCGGACACCUCCACAGACACCAAAAAUGCAACACGUACAACUGAGAUCCAAUCGCCCCCUCCAAGAACUGCAUCUCUUCCUGUGUUCUUUGUCUCUCUGAAUAAAUGGCACCCUCUUCUGUCAACCACGCAAGCCUAAAACCAGUACCUCAUGCCUCACACUAAGCAGAAGCUCAGCUCAAUAAUGUAUCUUCAUUAAAUUACUUUUGGGCCGCCUCCACGAUAGGGAACAUGAAAGAGCUUUGUCAUUUCAUACACUGAUAACUCCCAAAUUAUAACUCCAACCACGUUCCCCUGGACUCCAGAAUCUUAUCUAUACACCUUCUCAUUUGACAUCUCCCCUUGGAUUUCAGCUAGACAUAGCAAACUUAACAUGCCCAAAACUUCUAAUACCCUUUCCUCCCAAAAUCCUCCCUUUGUCUUUGCUGUCUGAGUAAAUGACAAUUCCAUUCUUCCAGGUCCUCACGCCAAAACCUUGUAGUCAUCUUGACUUUUUGUUUCUCUUUCAUCACACCCACAUCCAAUCCAUCAGAAUCUGACCAUUUCCCACUAUCUGCACUGCUACCACACUUGUCAAGCCAACUUUAUCACCUAGAUAAUUGCAAUAGCUUCCUAAUUGUUUCUCAGUCCCAUAUUUUGCCUCCCUACAGUGUAUGCUUAAUAGAACAGCCAAAAUUAUUCUUUAAAAUGUAGUUCACAUUAUGUCACUUCCUUGCUCAAAACCUUCCAAUGGCUUCCUAUUGUACUCAGAUGAAAAACAUUUUUAUUUAAGCAGGAAAUUUUCUGGAUCAUGUUUUCAGUUGAGAUUGAUGGAUAGCUUCAUAAGGGUCCUACCUGUCUGACUCUGCACUAGCCAAGUUGACUUCCUCAAUGUUCAUUAAACAUGUCAGCUUUGAUUCUGCCUCAGAACUUUUGCACCUGCUCUCCACUCUGUCCAUAAUGCUCCCCCACCCAAAUAAACAAAUGACUUCCCUCCUUA